UUUCUUCAGAAGAUGGGUGGAGAUGGUUCACGCAGGUUACUUAUUUCACUGAAAUCCGGCAACAAAUAGUUUAUACAAACUCUAUUUUAGCCAUUAGGGGAAUGCAGUCUUCUGCUCCUGCAAGCAGGCGGUGUGGUGUACACGCACACACAAGUAUUAUAUAUUAAACUAUAUACAUAUAUAUUAAGUAUCCUAGAAAGCAAAUCGUUGUGGAUUCAUUUGGAUAACUGGCGUGUACGCGCGAGUCAAUAAAACAGCAUAUAAUCAAAGGUCUUAUAAUCAAAGGAUUCUAACAGAAAAUGUAUGCCACAUGCGUCACCUUAAAAUUCACAAGGCGAUGCGGGGAAGCAGCGCGAAUUGCAGACAGGUUUAAUCGGACAGUUCGACCCUCCCCUGCGCUAGGGGGCAUGAUUACAAAUGGCUGUAUGUUAAAAAGCUUUAAAGUCACCGAAGAAAAAGGCAACCCCCUCCCCCCCCAAAGGGAAAAAAAACCAAAAACCAGUCCAUGCGUAUUGCGGUGUGGUACCGCUUACGGAAACUUGCUGGCCAUGGAUGACAUCAGUGCGGAAUGGAUGACAUCACCUGUGAGGGACUGCGGCAGUGAUAAUGAUGUUAGCAACGAUGAUGAUGAUGAAGAUGAUGAGGAGGAGGAGCCAAUUCGGAAGAGGAGCAAAUGGCCGGACCUGCCUAUCCCAGCACCGUGGUAUGGAGAGACGUCCAAGGAGACUGGAUUUCACCGAAGUUCCCGGCUUUGCCUGAAUCAGAUUCGGGAAUGUCUGCUUGAGCACCGCUGGCAGGAGGCAGCGGAGUACUUGAUCAGCUACUUCCAGACUCUGGAGGAGAUAAGCACACCCAGGCAGCUGCUGGCCACUGAGAUAAUUUUUAGAUUGGGAAGUGAGAUUCUUCAUCAGCACCCAAACUCCAAACUUGAAGAUGUGAAUCAUUUUUUUGACCUAAUGAAAAACACUGGAGUGAGAGGAUAUCUGAAGAUUUCUCUUGAACACUCAUUCCACCUGCUGCUGACUGGGAAUUUCGAUGAUGCCGUACGGCAGCUGACAACGGCAGAGAGCUGGCGGUAUGGUAAACAGUCUGCCGUUCAGGCUGACAAGAUGAAGCUCAUCCAUGCCUACCGAGGCUUCCUGAGCUAUCUCUCCUGGAUCUCUAAGAAGGGUUCCUCCUCUGAGGAUGACGAUGGCGACGUUUCCGCCAUUCAGGAGAUGCACACCUACUUCCGGCAAGCAUGCAUCAGUCUGCAGGAGAUUCUGAAGCUGCCCGGAGUGUGGGAUCCGUUUGUCGUCGGCUAUGUUAAUAUGCUGGAGUUUUACAAUGACCACGAGGGGGCGCUGAACGUGCUGAAGGAGUAUGCGUAUGACAGCCGCUUCCCGCCCAACCCCAACGCUCACGUCUACCUCUAUCGCUUCCUGAAGAGGCAGGGGUCCACAGAGAAGAAGCAGAUCAGGGUCCUUAAGAUUCUGGGGGCUUUGGUUCCUAGCCAUGAGCUGAUGCUGGAGUUGUUUUCGCUUCUGCUUGAGUCAGGGACUGAACAGAGUCUGAAAGAGGCGCUGGAUGUCCUUUUUAAUCUCCUCGACGAUUGCAGUUGGAAGCAUAGCGUGGCGGCCUGGACCUGCUUUCGUAACAUGAUCAAACUCCUCAGAAGGAAGAAGUUGAAGCAUCUCCUUGAGGAAGGGUGGGAGACACGGAAAGACUGGUGGCCGGCAUUUCACUUCAGGACGUACCACGCGAGGGCGGACUUUCAGCUAUCCCGGCAAUUGCUGCUGAUGAAAGUUGUUGUGGCUUCAACUCUGGUCGGAAACAAAUGCAUGUACUGCAGAAGAAAAAACGAGCUUGAGAACGAAAGGGAGGCCAGAAGAAUGAUCAAAACCCACAAAAAACGGAAGCGCUGACGCUAAACGAGAUGCUGUGGAGCCACAGAGGUCCUUCUGUUGUCCGGAGGACAGCCAGAGCAGCUGCCGGUGAGCUGCUCUGCCUCCUAGUGGGCAUUAGGGGACAUAACAUUUAAAGGGUGCCAUUUUUUCUUCACAAUUUGUGAAGAUGUUAAAAUAUAACGGUAAAAUUUUGUCGGGUUUUUAUCAAGGAGUCUGUAGCAGCUGCUUGUUUAAACGUCAUGGAGGAACCGGGUUUGGAGGGAAUAUGACCUCGGUCAUCUUCUAGGUCAUUCUGGACACUUAGUAUCAUGGAAAACAGUGCAAUUUGUAAAGAUUUGUUAAAUGUUUUGUUGUAACAAGAUAUUGUUUUUCUUCAACUUAUGUGGAAAAUCUUUAAUAAAAUCAUGACUGUCAUGACAAUAGAAAUUGACUUUACUAUGUUUUUGUCUGUGUAAUAUAUAGGAAAUUGUUACAUCACAAAAACCUUAGUGGUUGUAAUCCAUUAAAUUGAUCCCUGAAGAGAC